AUGGCGGUGCGAUUAGUUAGCACAGUCAUUUCAGAAGCACACACUGCUUCAGAACAUGUAGACAGUGCUAAUAUAACUUGCGACUGUUUAGCUCACAAUCUUUGGAUAAUUAAAGCAACAUAUACGUUCACAAAUGUUGGGGAAGAUAAAAUAAAAGACAGUUGUCCUCAAAAUUCCACUGAAAAGAAGCGAAUUUCAAUAGAAGGUACAAUCAGAACUCUGCACGAAGAUUCUUUCAAGAACAUUUCUAAUUUAGUCGAAGUCGUUCUUCCAAAUGUAGGCUUAAAGGAAAUUGAGUCUGGGACUUUCAGGAACCUGUCAAACCUCAGAAAGUUGCAUUUGCAUGAUAAUAAUUUGCAUGAACUCAGAAAUGGAACUUUUGUUAAUUUAAACGCUUCUUCUUUACAGUUUGGAAAUAACACUAUUGUGUCUUUGGAAUCAGGGGUUUUUCAAAACCUAUCAAAUGUUGGAGAACUGAAUCUUAGCAAAAACAAAAUAACAGAAAUUCGAAAGGGAGUAUUUCAGAAUGUAUAUCUUUGGAUCCUCAAUUUAGAGAAAAACGCUAUAUCCAACUUAGAACCUGGAACUUUUGCAAGCAUGUUUGCAAAGGACAAAUUUGGAAUAAGCUUGUGGUUAGCUAACAACAAUCUUGAAGCAAUAGAUUCACAAGUGUUUAACAACAAUUACAUACAAGGUGUAGGUUUAGCUAACAAUUCUAUUUCCGUACUUCGUCCAGGCGAUUUCAACAAUUUACCAAACCUAGAUUCACUACACCUAUCUGGCAACAAAAUUCAAGAAGUUCCAGAGGGAGUUUUCAAUGGUUCCAGAAUCAGAAUUCUAAAUCUGAGCUGCAACAAGAUUUCUGUGAUUGCAGCUGGAGCGUUCAAUAAUAUGACAAGUUUAUCACUUAUCGAGAUUCAGCAUAACAAAUUGAAGGAAUGGGAUAGUAAAUGGUUUCUUGGAUUACCAAAAAUUAUAAUCGAUGCUUCUUAUAACGAUAUUGAGACAAUUCCUGCACAAGGCUUUCAAAAUGUUCCGGAAGGUAGCUUGGUAGAACUAGAUCAUAAUCACAUCAAAAAUAUUUCUGAUAUUGCUUUUGCUGGUUUAGCGAGUUUACACUACCUUAAUUUAAGUUAUAAUGAAAUAAAAGAGUGGAAAGUUGAUGUCUUGAAGAAUGUAGUGAUCGAAGAAUUUGUUGAUCUUCGUGUCAAUAAAAUUAGAUGUUCUGAUAUGGGCACAGAUGUGCCAGUUCUUCAAACGAAAGGAGUUCUUAUUGAAGACUGUCAAGUUCCUUAA